AUGGACGUGUUUCUCAUGGUCCGGCGCCGCAAGACCACCAUCUUCACGAACGCCAAGGAGUCCAGCACGGUGUUGGAGCUGAAGCGCAUCGUGGAGGGAAUCCUCCAGCGGCCACCCGACGAGCAGCGGCUGUACAAGGACGACCAACUCUUGGAUGACGGCAAGACACUGGGCGAGUGCGGCUUCACCAGCCAAACAGCGCGACCGCAGGCCCCAGCCACCGUGGGGCUGGCCUUGCGGGUAGGUGACGCCUUCGAGGCCCUGCGCAUCGAGCCGUUCUCCAGUCCGCCCGAUCUCCUCGACAUGAUGAAGCCCCAGGAUUCGGGAAGCAGCGCCAAUGAACAACAGGCUGUGCAGUGA